GAUGUCGAUGCGCCGCCGGUGGCCGGUUUCGGGGGUUGACUCGCGCCGUGGGGGCGAUGAGCGUACUUCUCUUUGCCCUGAGACUGACCUGCUGCUGUUUCCUGGCUUGCAUCGUCUUCCACCCAUCCUGCGGCCUGCCGGAUCAGGAGCAGGUCCAUUAUCUACAGCAUCAUCAUCGACGCAUUAUCAAUAAUAAUGGGAAUAAUGACGCCUCAUCAUUAUUGUCGGGGAUCCUGGCCGACGUUAAUGUCUAUGAAAACAACAAUGACGAUCAUGACGACGAUGACGAGGUCGAUGAGAAUAUCCUCACAGGAAACAUUACGGCAGAAAACGGCAAAUACUUGGGCUCGCCAUGUAACGUCACAUGCAAUCCAUUAUUACAACACGUUUUCUGCGACUCCAUCACUCACAGGUGUGAGUGCGAGAAACUUUACCCAGUGCGCCUCGGGCCAAGCAAGGGUUGUGCCAAACCGAAGAAACUCGGCGAACAAUGUUUCUAUCGAGCAAGCUGUACAUUCGCUGAUCAGCACUCGACAUGUACACAAGUUCAACACAAUGCAGUGUGCGAUUGUGAGGAAGGGUAUCAUAGGGUCGCGUUGUCAAGACCUAACAAGAAAGUAUUCUGCGCUGAAGACUUGGUGCUGAUAAAAACGGACUUCCCGACACUACUCGGAAUUGCAGCAGGCCUAGCAGUAUUUACAUUUUUAAUAUGCUUUGUACUGAAAUUAUUCAGUUCAACGAGAUACACAAGGCCGAGACAUUUCGCCAAUGCGAAUCAUGCGCCACCAAUGCUUUUUUCCAGUGAUACAGGCGAUGCACUUCAUGGUGAGCGACCCUCGUCCCAAUCGAGUCAGAGAAGCAGCGGUGGAACAUUAAAUUUCACGAGGAGGCCGAGCAGUGCAGGAAGUCGUGGUCCAUUGGUGCCGGCGUCGAGAGCAGGUGCGGCACGUGCCGCCGCCAUCUUGCUGAUUUCGUGUCAUCGGCCGACGACAAAGGGCGGCAACAAUAAACAUCGUCGGGCCCUUAGUGACGUUGCUGAGGGAUCGUCAGACGGCCUCGGUUCACGUCGACCGAGUUUAGCUUCACUUCACAGUACGGGUUCUUCGGCAAGAAGUUUUAGUGCUCGACGACUUGAAAGAGAGAGAAAUGAAAAGGAGCAGAGACAGGCUAUUCAAGAAUUAAGAUUAACGAAACAAAGGGAACAACAACAGCAACAACAACAACAACAAAUCGCUCCAACACCAAGUCCAAGAACUCCACAUUCAACUGACGAACUAUUGCCAUCAGUCGAAGAAGGAAAGGAAUUAUUUUACAAUGAGCAGAUACCAACGACUUCCGGCACUUCAGGUACAGCAAGUACAACAACAAGAACGGCCAGUAUUGCGGUAAGAGAAAUUACAUCUGCCACUAUUCCACCGCUGUUCGAUAAUGAGGUCGCAAUUUGCAUGUCAAAUGACAUCUUUCAAUGAUGAUUAGAAAAAAAAGCCUAUCGAUAAAAAACGAAUCGAAAAUUUUUUAGGUAGCUUUUUCAAUGAAAAUAAGGUAUAAAAAGUUGCCUAGUGACAGGACAUUAUAAAAAUAAAUAUAAUAUUAUAUAUAUAGAUAAUAAAAAGAAAUAAAAAAUUCGAUGCAGUAUAAAUAUAAUAUAAUGUGCAUUUCGUAUAAUUAAUGGGCAAUAGUAUUAAAAUAACUUUAUAUUGUUAUGUAUGAAGGCUCAGCUGCAAAUUAUUUGUUUUUCUUAUUAUUACUCCAGUUG